AUGGACAUGCGGAAGGCGUACGACCGUCUUGAGUGGAGAUAUUUGGAGGCAGUGAUGUUCAAGCUGGGGUUCCACAGCCUAUGGGUGAGGAUGGUAAUGAGACUAGUUACAACCGUCUCGUUCCAGGUUCUAUUCAACGGGGGGAGGCUACCACAGUUCCUUCCAACUAGAGGGGUCCGUCAAGGGGACCCAAUAUCGCCGUACCUGUUCUUGUUGGCAGCAGAGGGCCUUUCGUGCCUUUUAAAACAUCACAGUUUAUCAUCAGAGCUCCAUGGAUUAAUGGUGGCGCCGUCGGCUCCGGCGGUCAGUCACCUCCUUUUUGCGGAUGACGGCCUGUUGCUUUUCAAGGCGGAUACGGAGACAGCGGGAUGUCUGGGAAGUGUGAAGGAGAGUGUAAAGACUGUGCUCGAUGUGCAUUGUGAGACACUCAAUGAAAAAUAUCUGGGAAUGCCCUCGGAUGUGGGGCGGUCCAAGAUGGGGGCCUUCAAGUAUAUCAAGGACCGCAUAUGGAGCCGCAUACAGGGGUGGCUGGAGAGACUGCUGUCAGCAGGAGGAAAGGACGUGAUGAUCAAGUCUGUUGUACAGGCAAUCCCCAUAUUCUCAAUGGCAUGUUUCAAACUGCCAAAGGGGUUGUGCCAGUGCAUAAAUACCAUGAUACGCAAGUUCUGGUGGGGGUGCCGUGAAGGCGAACGGAAGCCAAGCUGGGUGUCAUGGAAGGACAUGUGCAAACCAAAACAUAUGGGCGGAUUGGGGUUCAGGGACAUCCGAACUGUUCAAUCUAGCUCUUUUGGCAAGGCAAGGAUGGCGCAUUCUACAAAACCCCGGAUCGUUGAGCUCACGGGUACUCAAGGCAAAGGCCUGGUGAAGCGGAUCGGCGACGGGGAGGCAACAAACCCGUGGACGGAGCAAUGGCUCCCGCGUGAUUUCAUGCUCAGACCAUUUGGAGAACCCUCCAACGCGAGUGGCAGAGCGGCUGGACCCGAGCACGGCCACUUGGAGAGAGGAGGAACUCCGGCGUCAUUUUCUGCCUAUGGAUGUGGAGCUGAUACUACAGAUCCCGCUGAGUACCAGGCGUCAUGA